GAGGGGGGGUGUGACAGGAUUCCCAUCUGUAGUGGCCUGUGUCUUUCUGUGGCUUGCACCAUUGUUAUGUGAUGGUCCCUUCCCUGCUGAGUAUCUGUUUUUUCUCUUCUAGAGAGGCUGACUCAGACUGGAGUCUCUCACAAUGGAACCCCCAGACAAGGGGAAGAACGACGAGAGCUUGUCCAAGAAGAACAGAGACUUGCUUCGUCUGGAGGCACAAGAGAAGAGGAGACGGGAGGCUCCAGGGGAGAAAGACCAGUUCCCUGGGAAGACUCCCAUCUUUGCAAAACCCUACAAGACUGAUCACAAAGAUGCGCUGUCAAGGCGCAUUAGGAACAUCCUCGGCGAUUACAAUGAUUUCAAGGAGUACAUGAGGAAGAAUUUGCGGAAGGUCAUAUGGUCUCCAAAGAAAUUCAAAUCCAGGUCACAGACCAGGACCAACUGUCGUGAACCGAGCUCCAGACAAACCAAGACAUUUCAGAGCUCAGUGACGGAACAACCACUUAAAAAUUCGAAGACAUCACAAUCAUCUGAGCGCGAAUCUUCCUUGGAGAAAACCAGCUCUACCAAUGUGCCAUCCAUUGAGGACAUAUUGAGGGAAAUGACCUUCACAUUUUCACGUCCCGUGUCACCUCUGCAUUCGCCUCCAAAAGCAAAGCCUGCCAAAUUGCCUUGCUCAACAAAGCAAACCAACUCCACAGAUGUGCCGUCCAUUGAGGACAUUUUGAGGGAAAUGACCUUCACAAUUUCACGUCCAGUGUCACCUCUGCAUUCGCCUCCAAAAGCAGAGCCAAGCUCAACAAAGCAAACCAACUCCACGGAUGUGCCAUCCAUUGAGGACAUUUUGAGGGAAAUGACCUUUCCAUUUUCACGUCCCGUGUCACCUCUGCAGUCGCCUCCAAAAGCAGAGCCUGCCAAAUUGCCGUGCUCAACAAAGCAAACCAACUCCACGGAUGUGCCAUCCAUUGAGGACAUUUUGAGGGAAAUGACCUUCACAAUUUCACGUCCUGUGUCACCUCUGCAUUCGCCUCCAAAAGCAGAGCCAAGCUCAACAAAGCAAACCAACUCCACGGAUGUGCCAUCCAUUGAGGACAUAUUGAGGGAAAUGACCUUUCCAUUUUCACGUCCCGUGUCACCUCUGCAGUCGCCUCCAAAAGCAGAGCCUGCCAAAUUGCCGUACUCAACAAAGCAAACCAACUCUACGGAUGUGCCAUCCAUUGAGGACAUUUUGAGGGAAAUGACCUUUCCAUUUUCACGUCCCGUGUCACCUCUGCAGUCGCCUCCAAAAGCAGAGCCUGCCAGAUUGCCGUGCUCAACAAAGGACACAGAUGGCUCUGCAGCUCAGAAUCAGGAGCAGUCUGGCACAGCUUCAGGAACAUUGCCGAGCUCUCAGCCAAGAACAUCCGUGCUCGUAGACGACCUGCAGCUCAGUGACAGUGAGGAGAGUGAUGACAACCAGAUUGUUGAAAGGCCACCUUCUCCACUUGCUCCUCCAAGAUACAGUUUCAGUUGGCUCCAAAAUGUCCCACAGCUCAGUGACAGUGAGGAGAGUGAUGACAACCAGGUUGUUGAAAGGCCACCUUCUCCACUUGCUCCUCCAAGAUACAGUUUCAGUUGGCUCCCGAAAUUCCCGCAGCUCAGUGACAGUGAGGAGAGUGAUGACAACCAGGUUGUUGAAAGGCCACCUUCUCCACUUGCUCCUCCAAGAUACAGCGUGCUCCUGGAUGACCUGCAGCUCAGUGACAGUGAGGAGAGCGAUGACAACCAAGUUGUUGAAAAGGCUCCUUCUGCACUUGUUUCUCCAAGAGACAGUGCCCUACAGUCCCAGCCCAGGAGUGUGGCAUCAUCUCCAUCCAGCAGCUCGGAGACCAGUGACUCAGAGAGCUCCGUAGACUGGGAGACCGUUUACUCAGAGAGCUCCUCCGGCCGGGAGAUGGAGACCACCUCGAGAGAUGGUGACGUGAGCGACCCUCCAAGUGCACCAGCACCUGAGGGCACAGAUGGCUCUGCAGCUCAGAAUCAGGAGCAGUCUGGCACAGCUUCAGGAACAUUGCCGAGCUCUCAGCCAAGAACAUCCAUGCUCAUAGACGACCUGCAGCUCAGUGACAGUGAGGAGAGCGAUAACAACCAAGUUGUUGAAAAGCCUCCUUCUCCACUUGGUGGUCCAAGGUCUUUGCAAUCCAGCAGCUCAGAGUCAGGGAGCACCAGUGACUCUGAGAGCUCCUCAGACUCUGAGACCAGUGACUCUGAGAGCUCCUCAUCCCCGGAGACAAGCGACUCAGAGAGCUCCUCGGGCUCAGAGACCCACCACACUGGGGGUGUCAAAAGGCCUGGAAAGUCCCUGGUGGACAACAGGGCCAAGAGAUGCCGGAAGGAGGACAGCAACCCUGAUCCAUUGGAGAUCAGAGCCCAGUCUUCCAGGGACAAACAGAGGGUCAAAAAAAGAGCAAAGCCGGAAUCUACUUACAGAAAAGACCUGAAGCCGACCCUCCAAGAGCCCCUUGAGAACAGAAAGGGCUCCCAGCAGGCCGAAGUGAAACAGCCCUUUGCUCUCGGGGUGAAGAAGUUGCUCUCGCCAGUGAGAGACCCCGUAGCUCCUGAGCCUGUCCGGGUGAAAGAAGAGCACCAGAGAAGAGCAGAGACCAAGGACCUCCCUUGUGCAAGGAAGCGGGACUUGAAGAGGAGAGCCAUGGACAGUCCUGAUGAGCCCAGUGGGAAGAAAAAGAGGGGAGAGAUAUGAAGAUUAAAGGUAGUCUUCAGUAAGCAAAGACUGCAAUAAAGUGAAAGAUCUUUACCAAAGUCAUCAGAGAGACCCGUGCUCUGGUAUUGACCAGGAGCCUGACAGACCUGUCACACUCCACCAGGCAGGGAUUAGUGACUGAGACUGGAAGAAAACAUGCCGGAAUUGUUUCUCCAGGAUGUCAAAUACCUUCCAGUUUUCUGUCAUUUUGAAGCCUUAGGAACUUAGGAGCUUAGUUUAGUUGUUUUUUUGAAUUGUUCAAUAAAACACCUGCAAGGAAAAAUAGAAAGAGCUUAGUUAUUUUUUUUGAAUUUUUGAAAAAAGCACCUGCAAACAAAAAUGUUUCAAAUAAAGCUGAAGUUUUCUGGUUCCCUUACGAAA